GAAUCAGCCAUCAUGUCGGUUUCGACAGCUACACUCCAAGGUGAGGCUUACGAGGACUUCUUGACACAACAGCUUGAGACGCUCAAGUCUACGCUCCUUGCCUAUCACCUAUCAGUGCCUGGGGACUAUGCGAAGGAUGAGGCCGCGUGUGCUAGCCGUGAAAGCCAUACCUCAGUGGAUGCUCUGCCUCUCAGCAUAGCAGAGGACGAUGAGCUUUUGAAGCGAUCCCCGCGGGGGCUGAUGGAGUUGUUGGAUGCGCAUCCAGUCGAGCUUCUGGAAGAGGCGUUGCCAAUCAAAGUCCUGGACCGGUGGGAGGAUUUUUAUUUGGGACUGCGUGCGCAAUCUCCGCGUAAACCUGUGAGAGAAGCCCUACAGUUGGCCAUCCUUGAUCCGUGGACACGCAAAUUCUCAUCCAGUUCCAAGAACAAACUUUUGCGAACUCAGCUUACCAGGAGCCCCUCCUUGACGUUGGGAGACCAGAUGUGGGACGACAGUUGGCUUUGGCGGCAGAUUGCGCUGACACCACACGGCAAUCUGCGCUUGGCGUGGACCUUCUUGGGGCUGCUGGCGAUUUGUUGGGACUUGAUCUUCAUUCCGUUGCAAAUGUUUGACAUCAAUUCAUCAGUGGACCGCCUCAUCAAUGUGAUGUCAAUCGCUGUUUUCAUAUACUGGGUACUGGACGUGCCUGCCACAUUCAUUACUGGUUUUGACCGUGGUGGGAUUUUGGAGAUGCGUAUGCGAAAUAUCGCGCAGAACUAUAUCAAAGGCUGGCUUUUGCUGGAUGGUAUAGUAUUGUUUUUGGAUGUCAUUAUCUUCGUGGUACUGAGCACCAGUGCAGCAAACGACAGCAGCAAUGGCGGCAAUGACUCCAUGGGCUCGUUCCGCCUAGCUCGGGCACUGCGGCUGAUGCGCUUUCUGCGGCUCCUGCGUUUACAUAAGAUGGCGAAUCUAGCGGCAGAGAUCUUGGACCGUUUCAAGACCGACAGUUUUUUGCUGACGAUGAACAUCCUUCGAAGCCUCUCAGCAGUCUUGGCGCUGAACCACUACAUGUCUUGCAUCUUCCUUGGGAUUGCAUUGUUUUCUGUGGAAAAUGAUGAGAUGACCUGGAUUGAGAUUGCUGGGCUGGAAAACACAGACUUCUGGACUCAGUACUUGUCUGCCCUCCAUUGGUCUUUGACUCAGUUCAUGCCAGCUACCAACAACAUAGCGCCCAACACAGCUCAAGAGCGAAUCUUCGCAAUUUUCGUGGUGCUCAUCGGCCUUGCUGUUUUCUCAUCCUUUGUCAGUGGAGUUACGAACACCGUGAAUCAGCUGCGGCAAAUACACACGGAACUCUUCAAGCAAGAAAGCAAAAUGAAGUCCUUCCUCACGCAGAAGUCCGUCUCCGUUGAUGUUUGGUGCAGAGUGCAGAAAUUCUGCCGGCUACGGAUCCUUUUGGACAAAAUUUCAUUGAAAGAGGAAGACAUCCCAAUGCUCAAAGAUCUACCGCAGGGGCUGCGGGUGAAGCUACACCAAGAGAUCUACAUGCCAGUAUUGGCGUCAGCUCGCUGGAUGUCUGAAGGGUUGAUGGAGCUUGACGAGCCACUGAUGAUCAAGCUUUGCGACGGAGUGCUCAGAGAAAAGGUGGCUACGGCAACGCAGGAGAUCUUCAUGGAGGGUGGUGAAUGUUCGGACGUCGUGAUUCCAACAAGAACCAGGAGAGCUUUGAUUUAUGGAAGCUCUCGGCUUCGCCAUCUCGAAAUAAUUCAAGAGGGAAUUUGGCUUUGUGAACUAUGUCUCUGGGCGAAGUGGGAGCACCGUGGCCAACUCGAAGCUACUGACAUGACGCACUACAUGGUCUCCUGUACGAAGCUACAUGUGAUUUCCGGAGAGGACUUCUCCACAACCAUUGUGCGACACGGGGGCCCGCUGUUCCAACAGAUUCGAACCAUAGGGCUGCUCUACAUCUCGCUGGCGGAAAACCGAGAUUCUGACGAGACUGGUCCACUUACUGAUCUGCCACUGUCAGAGGAAAAGGCGGAGGAUGUUCGGGAACGCGCUGCACGAUUUGGCCAGCUGCGAUUGUCUCCAAGCAGAAAAGUUUCCGGCACCGGCAUGAUUGGUCUUGGAUCUUUCUUUGGAGCUCGUCGGUCUGCCCUUCAGUAGCCGCGUCUCCUGGAUGACUGACGCCCUGACGUAACUCCGGCGCCACGUCACAUUUGUCAUGCUCGACCGUAGCUGAAAGUUGUGCAGAUCCCGCUGAGACCAAAGUGUCCGGUCAACCACAAGCCCUGGGGGCAGAUACUGCAUGCAACCUUGCCCUCAAAGAGGACGCAGAAACGGGAAACUGGAGCCAACAGGUCUCCUAAAGCUUAAAGCUUGAGUGGAAGCCUGGAGGACAGCAGAGUUGUCGGAUAUUUUGCAGGUUUCACUUCGAGAUUUUAGAUAGUGAGUCUCUGAUGGGGCUCCGUCAGCUCUGUUCAU